CUUGUGAUAUUCCUCGGGAGAUCCGUAUUCAUAUUCGGGCGGUGGGUGGUAACUGGCCGUCUGUUCUUUAUUAAAAGCGGGAUUUGUGCUCAUGGUGCGGUAACCACGAUGACUUCUUUGGAAGACUACGCGAAGCGUCCAACGUUGGCAGGCCCAAGGGAGCUCACUCAAAACCCGCUUAAGAAAAUAUGGAUGCCUUGCAAAAAUGGCCUUCCAGAAAAAAAUAUUUCUCAAAGAAAGGUGUGUAUGACCAACUGCCCCACCCUCAUUGUAACAGUGGGCCUCCCUGCCAGAGGAAAGACCUACAUCUCCAAGAAGUUGACUCGCUACCUGAACUGGAUUGGCGUGCCCACCAAAGAGUUCAACGUGGGCCAGUACCGGCGAGAGUGUGUCAAGAUCUACAAAUCCUUUGAGUUCUUCCGUCCAGACAAUGAAGAAGGCCUGAAGAUCCGCAAGCAGUGCGCGUUGGCGGCCCUGAACGAUGUCCGGCAGUACCUUGGAGAAGAAGGAGGGCAUGUGGCGGUGUUUGAUGCCACAAACACUACAAGGGAGAGGAGAGAGACCAUCUUAAGGUUUACUGAACAGAAUGGCUAUAAGGUGUUUUUUGUAGAGUCUGUUUGUGAAGACCCAGAUGUCAUCGCAGAGAACAUUGUGCAAGUGAAGCUGGGGAGCCCAGACUACACAGACUGCAAUACAGAGGAGGCUGUAGAAGACUUCAUGAAGAGGAUAAAGUGCUAUGAAAACUCAUACCAGACACUGGACGAGGUCUUGGAUAGAGAGCUGUCCUACAUAAAGAUCAUUGACGUGGGCAGGCGGUACCUGGUGAACCGGGUCCUGGACCACAUCCAGAGCCGCAUCGUGUAUUACCUGAUGAACAUCCACAUCACGCCGCGUUCCAUCUACCUGUGCCGGCACGGCGAGAGUGACCUCAAUGUCCGGGGCCGGAUUGGCGGCGACUCCGGGCUGUCGAUGCAUGGCAGGGAGUUUGCAAAGUGUCUGGGGAAGUUCAUCCAGGACCAGAACAUCCCAGAGCUGAAGGUGUGGACCAGCCAGAUGAAGAGGACCAUCCAGACGGCCGAGGCACUGGGGGUGCCUUACGAGCAGUGGAAGGCCCUCAACGAGAUUGACGCAGGUGUGUGUGAGGAGCUGAUGUACGAGGAGAUUCAGGAGAACUUCCCUCUGGAGUUUGCCCUGCGGGAUCAAGACAAGUACCGCUACCGCUACCCCAAGGGGGAGUCCUAUGAGGACCUGGUACAGAGGCUGGAGCCGGUCAUCAUGGAACUGGAGAGGCAGGAGAACGUGCUGGUCAUCUGUCACCAGGCCGUCAUGCGCUGCCUUCUGGCCUACUUCCUGGACAAGUCCGCAGAGGAGCUGCCUUACUUGAAGUGCCCUUUGCAUGCGGUACUAAAACUCACUCCAGUGGCUUACGGCUGCAAGGUUGAGUCCGUCUGCCUGAAUGUGGAAGCGGUAAACACCCACAGAGAAAAACCGGAGAAUGUUAAUGUACAUCGCACUACAGAGGAUGCCUUGCAGACAGUCCCACCUCACCAAUGACCUUUUGACCUCUGCCAGAUGUUGGAGCUCUUGUGCUCUCUCUCAGGGACCGUCAGUACUCCCAUUAUUGGAAAACACCCCCCUCCCCCAUCCAUCCACGCCCUUCAGAUGAUCUGGCAUAUCCCGGGUAGGAACACAUCUUUUUCCUUGUUGGACCUAAACUCUUUCCUAUCCAAAGAGUGGCAGCCUGCUGUAGCCUAGGUUACACUGUCAUACAGAAACUGUUUUAUUGCUCAAAGCUGGAUUGGACUACAGUGUAUCUCUGCACAGUGGGUUUGUAUUUCAGUGCAAGUGCAUUAACCAGCUGCUUUAUUGUAGUACCAGUGUCACCCAUGUUGGGAGGAGAUCUCGUAUCUUGGGCGAGGAGGGGGGGUGAAGCCACUCUGGGGAUACACCACUUGUGUUUUGUGUGAAUGUGUGACAAUACCAAUUUUGGACCAACAGUUUUUCAAUUCACACAAAAAUAGGACCCAAGCACUCCGGUCAGUCUGAGAGCGCAACUUCCUAAAAACAUAAGCAGUACCUUCAUGAACGGACAAUCUUGUGCGUUUAUGAGAAUUCUUGUCAUGUUCUGUUUGCACUGAAAAAGUGAGGUAAUUCUGUUGUAUAAUGUACCUUUUAGAAGGCUUGUAGAAGGUAACUGAUGCACUUCAUUAAUAUAUGUCUGAAAGAUUAAGUUGAUGUGAUUUCUGUGAUUAUCUGUGGUUCACAAAAGCCCUUAAUAUCCUUUCUGGAGGAGAUAGCAGGGACAGAAGUUUUAUGAACAAGUGAGAAACUUGUUAUCUUUGAUAACAGCUGAAGGAAAUGUUUUGACAUACUGCUAAAUGUUCCUUCUGUGAUUUGUGGAAUUUAAAACAAUAAUAAAAUUACAGCUAUAUUUGUCUGUACUUACUGUUAUUUCUAAAUAUUUAAGGGGAUAUUUAAGUUCAGUUGGGGAUAAAUACUAUUAUUACGACUAUUUGUUGGAAGCCAUUUGUUGUCUGUAGAGAAGAGUGGGGAAAUAAGAUUGCUGCUUGAAGACAGGCUGGCUCUGAUGUUGAUUUCAUCAGGCAGGGUAAUUGCUACGGUUUGACAAAGGUGUCAUAUAGAGUGAGUGUAAACAGGAUCUACGUGGACACACACUAUUCUGUUAAACUGAUUUGUAAAUACGGCAUCAUUGGAACAGUCACAAGGUUUCAUAUUAUUUUUGGUCAAUGUUGUACUUUUAGAAAAUCCGAAUAGGAAAUUCCUUUUUAUUCUGAGUGUUUAUUACAAACCAAUAAAAAAAAUUUUAAAAACGAAGAGCAAAAUUUCCAUCAGACUGGUAUGAUGAGUUGAUUAGCAAUUUGAUGAUUUGUGACUGUCCAUCUAGCUAUCAAUUUCAAAAAACUUACAGUUGUCUGGAAUUUUCCCCAAGAAUUUGCCAUUGUUGUAACGCCAGUUUAAAACCUGUUGGAACCUCUUGUUGUAAAAAAAGAUUUGUUGCCAGUGCAGUUUUUUUUUUUUUGUGGUCUGUGAAUUUUCUGGCAUAUAAUAAAGUCAAGAAAGCUAAUGGCCUUUCUUGUGUUAAUGGUU